CAUCAUCAAUGGAGAUUAAUGUAGGCUUAGCUUUGUUUCCGAGACGACUCUAUCAUUUUUUUAUAUUCCAACAUUUCUAAACUCAUUUUUUUAAAAAUAUCAAGCUUUUAUUUUUUAUUUUUUGAUGUUUGGGUUUAUAAAUUUCAGGUCCUUUUGUUGAUCAGUGGAUAAAAGAGGAUAUUUUUUUAGGAAUAAUCAUCGGGUCAUGGCAGUGGUUGAGAAUUCUUCUAAUCAAGAUGCGGCUGCAACAACAGUGGCAUCAAACGAUCAGGAUCAGUCAAAUACGAGAUUAAAUCAGAACGAUCAGGGGUUAUAUAACACGAUCGGUAGUUUCCAUCAUCGAUCCGGUGCUGGGGAUGAAGUUGGGUAUAGCUUCAAGAGAGAGAUGAGAGAGUUGCAAGAACUUUUCUCUAAGCUUAACCACAUGGCUGAAGAGUUCGUUCCUCAUUCAGUUGUUAAUCAUGGACUCAAUGGUGGGUGUUUCACUGACAACUCUUUUCUGCAAAACAACAAUUACAUCUCAAGGAACGGCCAGGCAAAUGAAAAUGGUGCCGCUAGGCGGAAGAAAAUUUUCAAUCAAGGUAAAAGGAGAUUGAACAACAGGACAAGUAUGGCCCAGAGAGAUGAGCUCAUCCGUAGAACUGUUUAUGUGUCUGAUAUUGAUCAUCAGGUCACUGAAGAGCUGCUUGCAGGUUUAUUUGUGAGUUGUGGGCAGGUGGUUGACUGCCGCAUUUGUGGUGAUCCAAAUUCUGUACUAAGGCGAUAGGGGUAUUAUAGCUGAGGCGCAAGGCGCGCCUUAUUGAAUUGAGGCACAA